AUGGGUCGAGUAGUCUCACAAGAAUCGGAGUCUCCAUCGUCGCCGUCGCCAUCGACGGCGUCGUCUUACAGUCCCAGGCAAGCCAUCGAUGUCCUCUCUUCUUUGGUCUCUUUUUCCCACUCGGUCAAGGUUUUCGCGGUGAAAUGGCAGACGAUAAGGCACAAGCUCGACGAGCUCACGGCGAGCUUGGUCGCCAUCGAGAGCUGCGAUUCCGAGCAGAACCCGAUCUUAUCAGCCAUACUCUCCGGCAUCAUGGUAUGCGCCGGCGAUUGCUACGACCUCGCCAGGAGGUGCGUCGACGUGUCCUACAGCGGGAAGCUGCUGAUGCAGAGCGAUUUGGACGUUCUGGCGGCGAGAUUCGACCGCCAUUUGGGGAAUCUGUCCGGCGUCUGCACCGCCGGAGUUCUUUCCCACGGAGGGUUCGCCAUCGUCGUCUCCCGACCCGGCCCGAGCGCUUGCCGCGACGACAUAAGGUUCUACGUUAGGGAUUUGCUCACCAGGUUGAAAAUCGGCGACGGCGAGAUGAAGAAACAGGCUCUGGUGAAUCUGAGCUCGGCGGUGGACGAAGACGAGAGGUACGGGAGAGUGGUUGUGGAAUUGGGGGAAAUCGUACCCAUCUUGGUCAAUCUCCUCGACUCGCCGGAGAUCGAGAUUCGAGAUGAAUCGGCGAGAUUGGUGUGCUCAAUCUCGAAUUUCGAUCCACACAAGCCGAUCUUGAUCGGCGCCGGAGUAAUCGCCCCUCUGAUUCGCGUCCUGGAGACCGGCAGCGAGUCGGGUAAAAUUAUGUCCACCGGGUGUUUGAUAAAAUUAACACAGAAUUCCGACAACGCAUGGUCGGUCUCCGCUCACGGCGGCGUCACAUCUCUACUCAAACUCAUCUCCGCCGCCGAUUCCUCGCCGGAUAUCAUCUCCCCAGCCUCCGCCGUCUUGAAAAACCUCCUCCCCGUGGAAGAAAUCAAGCGGUUCAUGAUCGAAGAAGGAGCCAUCUCCACCUUCAUCAAGCUCUCCAGAUCUCCCCACGAAGCCGUACAAAUCACCGCCGUCGAGUUCCUCCAGAACAUCGCUUCAGGGGAAGAACCGGUGAACCAAUCGGUUCGAGCCAUGAUCCGAAUUCUCGACCCGAAUUCUGCUUCUUCUUCCUCUACCAAAUCUCGAGAGACCGCAUUGAGAGCAAUCGAGAAUCUCUGUUUCCAAUCUCGAAACUGCAUUUCCCAGCUAACCACCUUCGGAUUCCUCGACCCAUUGCUCUACUUCCUCCGAAACGGCGAAUUCUCGCUGAAAGAACUGUCCUUGAAAGUCGCCUGCCGCCUCGCCGGGACCUCCGACGAGGCCAGAAAAGUAAUGGGCGACGCCGGAUUCACCCCGGAGUUCGUCAAAUUCCUCGACGCGAAGUCGCCCGAAGUCAGGGUCAUGGCUGGGCAGGCGCUCCUCGGAAUGCUGACAAUCCCGAGGAACAAGAAGAGGUUCCUCCACGACGAUUCCAGCAUCAAGAUCAUCCUCCAGCUGCUCGACGACGGAGUAGCAGAAGAACAAGUAGUGGAAGAGACGAAUCAGCAUGGUAACAAGAAGGUUCUGAUCCAGAUUUUGAUGUCGUUAACGGCAAGCAACAGCGGGAGGAGGAAGAUUGCAGGGUCUGGUUAUCUGAAGAGCAUUGAGAAGCUCGCCGAAGCAGACGGAAGCUCCGACGGGAAGAAGCUUGUGAAGAAAUUGGGGGCCGGCAGGAUUCGGACAUUGUUCAAUGGGAUCAUUUGGCAUUCGUGA